AUGGCAUUUUGUCGUACAACAUUAAUCGAACGUCUUUUAAACAAUAAUAGCAAUCUAAAUACUAAUGCAACGUUGGGUAUUCCACGAAAUUGGAAUGAUAUUGAUUCAUUUGAACGAGAUAAUAUUAUUGAAGUUUAUCGAAAACUUCCAAAUAUUGAAGAACAAAUUUGGGGUAAAGUUAUUGUAAUGGAACGGAAUAUUCGCUCUGCAAAGGCAUAUCUACGAUCACGUGUUAUUACAAUUGACGGAAGUGAAGCUGAAUUUGAUGGUGUUCGCAUUGGUUUACAACGAUUUGACAAUUCAUAUCGUGAUGAUGGCACAAUUAGAGCAUUUGAAACUUUUGGAAAAGGUGUAAAAAUGAAAAUUGAUGAUAUUGGUAAUGUUUGGCUUAAAUGUAUCGAAGGAAGUGUAUUUGUUAGUGGAAUACUUGGAGAAAUUAUUGUUAAGAAUGAUCCAAUUAAAAUUUUUGAUUUAAAAAUUCUCAAAGAAAUUGUUUCACGUAAUAAUGAUUUUGAUGAAAUUGCACGUGAUCGAUACAGUCGAAUGGCAAUCACUUACGCACACAUUAAUAAACCAACAAAUCCACUUUCAUCAGCAUUAUGGUUUGCUGUAAUAAAUCUAACAGCGCUAGAAAUGAUUCAAAUAUUAUUUCCCAGUAAUUCAGUCUCGAAUACACCAUCACCAACAACAAGUGCUGAACAUCAUAGCAUAAAUCAUUGUGAUGGCUAUUCAGCGACCAGUAGCGCCGAUACAAAUUGCAAUGUGCGCACUGUUUCAUCAACUAGUUCAGGCUCCUCAUCUCAUUAUUCUGCAGUUAGCUCUGCUUAUUGGAAUCGACAAUUAAGAUCACGUGGUGGUGCUUACAAGAAAAUUAAUCGAGAACCAAAUGUAUAUUCAUCAUCAAGAAAUGCUACAAAUUAUGAAUCGGAAAACUUUCGAAAAGAAAAAGGUCGAAGUCUUCUGGAUUUAAGUGAUUUGGAUCGAUUACGUAAUCCAGUAUACUUCCGUAAAGAACGAGAAAAUCGUGGUGGACCAGGACAUAAACGAUUAGGUCAUUUCACACAACAAUUGUCAACCUCACCUUUGACACCGUACUACUCGUCAAAUAUAAAUUGGCGUUCACGAAGUGAAACAUCACUUUACUGUGAAAGACUUUAG